AUGCCCACGCUCUUUGCAAAGAACGCGGCGCUUUUCUACACGAGAAUCUGCGAGCUCGUUGCAUGCUUCAGAAACCAGCAUCUCAACUGGCCACGGAGCGCAGCCUCGUUCCAGAGCUUGAGCGCAGCAUCAGAGAAGGUGAGCCUGCAUCCCAUGCAGCGCAGGAAAUCCUGGGAAACAGGGCGGGGUGUCCGCCCGGAGCUGAUUUUUGGGCCUGUGGCAGAGGGCUUGAUCGUAUGGCAGCCACCCACGGUGAGCGACUCCAUGCAGGAUGCGAUCGUGCUGAGAGAUUCAGAUGCCGAGAAUGUGAGCCAGUUUGCUGGUGCACCGAUGGGUUCCCUCAAAGAGUCUUUCAUCGUGUCGGAGGCUGGUCCAAAGAUAGAUGGGUCUCUUCCAGUACAGCUCGAGGAACACCCCAAAAUGAAGUCGGAGCUGGCGAAAGCUGCAAUGAAGCGCAUUGCCGCUGACAUGCUGGAGUUUGCAAGGCAGCAAAGCCAGCCACAGCUCAAGCUCUUCACCCAGGGCUCCAUGCUGCCUUCUUUGGAGAAUAUCGAGCAGCUCGACAAAGAACUAUGUGCACUUCGAAGCAAGGACGUGGACCAUGUGCGCAAGUUGACGCAAGAGCUGUUGCAAAACGCAAGCUGCUUGAAUCAAAAACACAGUGAACGUCAACUGAGAUUUUGGCUGCUGCGCUACUCCGGCCAAGAAGCAACACCAUGGUUUCAGUUCCUGUGCGCAACGAUCUGUAGCACGAAGAGCAUCAAGGACCUCCAGCACAUGAAUCCUUUCCUGGACGAGAGUGCUUGCAAACACCUGGUCUCGCAAGCUGCAGCCCUGAUGCUCCGAACGGUACGUGUCGUGCAGGCCAACCGGUUGCUGGACAUGUUGCGCAGCUUGAAAAAUGUGGUGCAGAGUGGCCACGAGCAGCGCGCGAAGGAAGAAGGAAUGGUGCUUUGCCAAGCUUUGGCAGCUGAGAGGUCUUACAUGAGCCAGAGACAAACGCAAAGUUCCAAGGAGGAGUUCGUUCUGGAUCCUCGACUGCUCACCUUCGAGUUCAGCGACAAGAAGCUGCUCCGGCCACGGCAGGUGGAGCUGCUGCGCGAGUUCGCCGGCAAAGCCGAUAGGAACUUGUCCCUGGUGAAACAGAUGAUCAUGGGAGCAGGAAAGACAACAGUCGUGUCGCCCCUGCUCGGUAUGAUAUUGGCUGAUGGCAGGAGGUUGGUGGUGUUGAUGGUACCCGCUCCACUUCUGGAGUUCGCGAGAUCCGUGCUGACAUCUGUGUUUUCGAACAUAGUGGUCAAGCGGACUUUCACGCUGCAAAUGUCGCGAAGCGACGAUGUGGACUGCCAGCUUUACGAUAAGGUGCAGCGCAUACGAACUGCUGGAGAUUUGAUUCUCACGACUCCGAUGGCAAUCAAGAGCCUGAUGCUGCGUUUCAUCGAAAGCAUUCUGAUUUUGAACGACCGCAGAUCUCGACAGCGAUCUCGUCAGCUUCGAGGCAACAUGGUCAACUUGGGAUGUACACUGGAGAUCUUGCGAGACGGAGUCGUCCUUAUUGACGAGGUGGACUGGGUGCUUCAUCCACUGAAGUCUGAGCUGAAUUUCCCGACUGGCCUCAAGACGCAAAUAGACUUCGCGCCGGCCCGAUGGGACUUACCACUACACCUUCUCACAGCUAUCUUCCUUGCAAAUCCUUACACGGAGUCUGCCUGCACCGCUGCGCAGAUGCAAGAAGCUGAUGCCAUCAGGUCCUUGCGUGAUGCUGUGGGAGAAGGCAUCCAGGCGCAUGUCAUCAUGAUGCAGCCUCACCUGGUUCUGCUCGACGAAGCCUUCUACCAUCGACGGAUGAAACCUUGCUUGUUGAGGUGGCUGUCCACCUUCCUGGAUCGGCAGCGCACCGGAAGGCAAUUCUCGGAUCAACCAGACCAAGGGCUUCAAUCGGCAGAGAUUCAGGCUUAUGUUGGCAACUGCCCUUCGAAAGUCGAGGCUGGUACCUUCGAGCAGCGUUUUCAGCUUCUCAGGGAAGACGAUCGCAAAAUGUUGAAUUUUGCGAGAGAUUGGAUCAACGUGUUUCUUCCGCACUGCUUGAAGAAGAUCAACCGAGUGACCUUUGGACUCAUGACCGAUUCACAGGUGAAGUCUGCACUUCAAGACAACCCGCUCAUGUCCGAAACGCGCAGCAAGCUUGGAGUGCCCUUCAUCGGCAAGGACAUACCUUCACCGGCCGCAGAAUUCCAGCAUCCCGAUGUUCUUGUUGGCCUCAGCUGCUUAAGCUACCACUACCAGGGCCUGCGUCGAAGCGACUUUGGUGAGUUGCUGUCAGCGUUGUCCGAGAAGUAUGCUCGGGAGCCUGGCCGUCCGGGAGAGCGCGAGACAAACAAGCUGUUUAAAUCCUGGGUGGAAGCAUCCGGGGGCCGGCUCGUGGGCGACAAGGAGGCUGCACAAUUGCAUGGCGACCGGCCGAAGGUCAAACAGUUCCACGAGCUUGAGCGUACCAGCGAGCGGCAGAUGGAUGAACUGCACAAGCUGCUCUGUCGAACAGAUGCAGUGAUCGAUUGGUAUCUGACCGUUUGCAUCUACCCGGUCUACAUGCGCUUCCAGGGGCAACAGCUUACUGCCAGCGGGGAGGAUUUGGGUGGCAGCGUGCUCUUUCAGACCCGACUUGGAUUCUCCGGAACGCCUUCAGACUUGAUGCCGCUGGAGCCAGAUCCCCAGGAUUCCCCAACCAAGCAUGUCGAAGACAGUAAGUCUAGCGACAUUGUCUGGCUGUUGGCCCUUUGGACAGGUGGCAUUAUGAGCGUUGAUGAAGACAUCGAAGCUGCCUGGGAUGCGAAGUUCCUCCUGAGGAGGAUUGCGGCCAGCCAGGAUCCCUGCCUCAAUGCUCUCAUUGAUACCGGAGCCCUCAUCACGGGACUGUCCAACCAGGAGGUGGCAGAGUUUUUACUCUUCGAUCCAGAGGGCUUGUCUGAUGAAUUUGAUGCCUGCGUAUUCGUGACGGAAGAUGGGUGCAAACAGAUCGUUCUGCGGUCUUCCCGAGCAAUUCUGAACCUUUCAGACAGUUCUGUUCCUCUUGACCGGAGGUUUGUGUUCUACGAUCAAGUGCACACGACUGGAAUGGACAUUCAACACAAACCAGAUGCAGUGGCAGCUUUGACUCUGGGCAAAGACAUGGUAUUUCGGGACUACUGCCAGGGAGCCUACCGCAUGAGAGGCAUUGGCAAAGGUCAAAAGAUCCACUUGAUAGUUGUGCCGGAGAUCCGUCGACUCAUGGAUGCAGCCUACGCAAAGGACAUCGACCCGGAAACGAAGACCUGCAGGCCAGCACAACGUGUCACGCAAGCAACUGCAUGGCUCAUGCUGAAUUCCGCAAGUGCGGAGCAGCUGCAGUGGGCCUCUCUGCAACUGAAAGAUGCAGCCAAUGCCUGGCGCCUGCCAGCUUUUCGGGAGCUUCUGGGUGCGGAGGACGGGGAAGGCUUCCAUCAUGCCGAGUCAGACCACAUCCUGAAGGCUGCAAAGGUGUUUGUUGACAAGAUUGACUUCACCCUGAGCAAAGACGUGCCCCGAGCGAGAGAUUUUUCGGUCGUGUUGCAAGACUUCAUUGGCAAAGCCACAAUGGAUGAUUCGUUGGAGGAAUGUGAUGACAAGCAGGAUUCAAGCCCUCAACAGGAGGAGGCGUUGUUCAAGCUUCACUCCGAGGAAGGUUUCGAGAUGGUUACUGCGAAGCAGAUGCUCAGACGCGUGCAGAACAAAGUGGACGAGUUCGUGCGAGGCACGCAGGAGCAGAUGCCUGUCAGCAGGACGCAGCUUGACUCGGAGCAAGAGAAGGAGCAGGAGCAAGAGAAGGAGCAAGAACAGGAACAGGAGCAGGAGCAAGAACAAGAGCAAGAAAUGGAGGUCGAGAAGUUUGUGGACAUGAUGUACUGUCGUGACAGCGAAGAGCCUGUGCCAUGGGAGUUCAACACCCUUCAAAAAGCUUGUCACGAGCGCAGCCUGGCGACGAUGCUCAGCGUAAAAAAUCUCCAGCAGGUCUUUAAAGGCGGCUCCGACUGUGCGAAGGAGAGCGACUAUCACAUCAUUGUCCACCAAAUGGUUCUGGGAGAACCCCGGGUGCUUCUGGCGCCGCCAGACUGCGUGAAGCUAUGGUGGCAUACCAGCGAUGACCAGAAGAGGCUUCUUUGCCCAAAUGACCUCGACAUGAUUUCAAAAGAUGUCGAGGCAAAGCUGCAGGAGCAAUUCUCAUUGCAAGUAACACUGGAGGUGAAGAGCGUACCAAAGCAGUUCUACCGCGCAGCAGAGUUCAAGGUACACCAGUUGUGCCCUGUGCUGGCCACUUUGCCUGCAGAUGCCCUCAUCUCUCAGAACUACUUCAACCGGAGCUGGUCCGGAUUUCGAAGAGUCAAGAACGUGGCGGUGGUUUUGGAAUGGUGGGAUCCUUCAGGCAUCGAACCCAUUCGAGGCCGAAGCAAAUGGACAACACAAGCGGCCGAACGAGCCAGCGAGUGUCUUCGAAAAAUCACUGCGAUCCUUGCGCCUGGUGAAGGGACAGAAAGCCUCAGCCCCGAGUCUAUGGCCGCGCUAACUAAGCAAUGGAGCACGUUACCGAAAGAUGAGCUUAAGGUAAUUGUUGGCUAG